AUGGCCGUGUUCAUAAUUGAUUUUAAUAUCGUCUGUAUCUUUCAUCCACUCACUGUCUUUCUCUCUCUCUCUCUCUCUCUCUCUAUCUAUCUACCGAUUUCUUUCUUUCACUAUAUCACUUUCUAUUUCUCUCUAUCUAUUUCUCUUACACACACAAUUUAUCUGUCUCUUCUCUAUUUCUAUCUCUGUCAUUCUCUCUCUCAAUCUGUCUAUCCCGCAAUUUAUUUACCUUUCUCUCUCUCUUUCUAUAGCUCUCACUUUCUCUCUUUAUAUUUCUCUCUAUCUGUCAGUCUCUGCCCCUCUUUCUCUACUCUACUAUCUAUCUAUCUCGCUCAGUAUAUGUAUUUAUGUAUCCCUCUCUCUUUACCUAUCUAUCUAUCUAUCUAUCUCUCUGACUGUCUUUAUAUUAAUCUCUAUCUGUCAAUGUAUCUCUCUCUAUCUCUUUAUAUGUGUGUGUGUGUGUGUGUGUGUGUGUCCCGAUCUAUCUAUCUAUCUAUCUAUCUAUCUAUAUAUCUAUAUAUCAGUCUGUUCAUAUGUUUCUCAGCUCUCUCUCUCUCUAUGUCUAUAACUCUCUCUCUCUCACUUUCUAUCUCUCUAAUCUGCUCACAUCUAUCAAUCUAUCUUUUCUCUCUCUCUCUCUCUCUCUCUCUCUCUCUCUCUCUCUCUCUUUGUCUGCUUCUUUAUCAAUCUGUCUUUCUCACUCAGACUCACCCAUUUCUGUCAGUCUGUCUUUUCACAUCUAUCUAUCUAUCUAUCUAUCUAUCUAUCUAUCUAUCUAUCUAUCACAUUGUCCCUAUCUCUAUUUCUGUUCCUUUAUCUCUCUCUAUCAGUUUCCUUCUCCCUCUCCAUCUCUUUUCCUAUCUAUCUCUUCAUAUCACUACCUCUCUAUCUAUUUCUCUCCAUCUAUAUCUCUCUAUCUCUUUUUAUUUCUUUCUCACUCUCUCUUCAGUUCUUUUGAAUAUAGAUUCAUUCCUCACCGCGCUCUGCUUAAGUGGUAUUUUGCUGAAAUGA